UCUGUUACAAGUAUGCUACAAUUAUACAAAACACAACCAUGGUGGUCGUGUGGUACUUACCACUCAUGCACACCAACUAAACUACUCUCUUAUUAAGCAGAGACAAGAUAAAGAAAUAGGAGUGAGCAGGGAUCUACCAUCUACCAGGGAUGUCCAUAAAUUUUGGAAGCAUUAUUGCAAAACCCAAAAUCACUAUCACAUCAAACCCGUUUCUUGUUUCCUCUCCUCUCCUCUUUUUCUCUAACAAAACCAAAACGAAACCCUCUAUUCUAACAGCAUUUUCUUCGAUGUCUUACGAUAAAGAACUUGCUGCUGCCAAGAAAGCUGCCUCUCUCGCUGCCCGACUCUGCCAGAAGGUGCAAAAAGCUAUUUUGCAAUCGGAUGUCCAAUCAAAAUCAGAUAAAAGUCCUGUCACAGUUGCUGAUUAUGGCUCUCAAGCACUAGUUAGUUAUGUUCUGCAGAGGGAGCUUCCUUCUGAACUAUUUUCAUUAGUGGCUGAGGAGGAUUCGGAAGAUCUCUGCAAGGAUGCUGCCCAGGAAACUCUAGAGCGCAUUACAAAACUUGUUAAUGAUAUUCUAGCUAGUGAUGGAUCAUAUAGUGAUUCUAUUUUAUCCACGGAUGAUGUUGUCAAGGCCAUUGACUGUGGCAAAUCUGAAGGUGGUUCUCAAGGCAGACACUGGGUUCUGGAUCCUAUAGAUGGUACUAAAGGGUUCUUAAGAGGAGAUCAAUAUGCAAUAGCUUUAGCAUUGCUAGAUGAAGGGACAGUAGUGUUGGGUGUCUUGGCUUGUCCCAAUCUUCCAUUAACUUCCAUUGCUGGUGGUGGCUCUCACCAUUCUUUGCCUGGUGAAGUUGGUUGCCUUUUCUUCUCUGUAGCUGGUGGUGGUACUUACAUGCAUUCACUGGAUAGCUCUUCAGCAGUGAAGGUGCAAGUCAGCUCUAUUGACAAUCCUGAAGAAGCAUCAUUCUUUGAAUCAUAUGAAGCAGCGCACUCCAUGCAUGAUCUAUCCAGUUCUAUUGCCAAAAAACUUGGUGUCAAAGCACCACCAGUUAGAAUUGAUAGCCAAGCAAAGUAUGGCGCUCUGUCCAGAGGAGAUGGGGUCAUUUAUCUGCGAUUCCCACAUAAAGGUUACCGUGAAAAAAUAUGGGAUCAUGCUGCUGGAUACAUAGUGGUCGCAGAAGCUGGGGGAGUGGUAACUGAUGCUGCAGGGAACCCCUUAGAUUUUUCAAAAGGAAGAUACCUGGAUCUUGACACAGGCAUCAUCGUUACUAAUCAGAAGUUGAUGCCAUCACUUUUAAAGGCUGUUAGAGAAUCCAUAGAGGAGAAAGUUUCAUCGUUGUGAAUCUUUCCUGAUGAAUGAUUGUCUUUUCCUUUGCUAAGUUGGUUAGCAAGUUGAAUCAUCUUUACAUCUUGAAUCUUCCAAUGUUUGCCCAAUGUCUGCUGGGCACGAAACUCUUGCUAUUUAAGAAUCCAAAUAUAUUAUCUGAUGCUUAGCAAUUAUAUGAA